CGUCGCUAAGCUGCCAGGUACCUGGCACUUCCGAGAAUUGUGCGUUUCUUAGGACUGCUGUGUACUGUAACAAGACUGACCUGAUUUUGACGGGGAAAUAUACUUGAAAACCACUUAGUUCAGGACUUUGGAUGAGAAUUGACAAGAUUUUUGAUAACAGGAUGAACGUCUGUGAUAAACAUUUUCCAAGGAGCUGUCGCACCAGCAGGGAUUAAUUCAGGGAUUUGCUUAAAAUGCACAUUUCAGAUGUGUAAUUUUGUAUGCAUUUCACCCUCGUAAAGUAAGCGUACGCAUUUUGGGAGGAUAAUACAAUUGUGGAGCAAAGGAAAAGAGCUUCUGUUAAGUGAACUGGAAAGUUGUAGCUGGGCGUGUCCUGAGAACCAUCCCCUUUUAUGUGUCACAACAUCUCUACUGGAUGCCAGACUCCAGUGGUUAGUGUUUACACCACCACCUAUUCUGAACCUCCUGCCUUGUGCCACCAUUUUAGCAGUCAUGUCUACCAGCCUGCUCUUAGUGCUGAAGCUUCUACACUUACACAGUCAAUAUCCGUCAAUAUUCAGAAGAUAACACAUCAUACUAAUGAAAUCCAGAGAAUAUUACAACAAUUUGGAACGCCGCGAGACACUCCAGAACUACGACAGCAGCUACAACAAAAACUGCAACUUGUGAAUCAUCUUUCAAAAGAAACAGAGAAGAAGAUAAAAGAAUUUACUUCACUCUCUUCUUCAGCUGACCAACAGCUUAAGGAUGGAGAGCGCCAAAGAAAACUACAGAAAGAACGGCUACUUGGUGAUUUUACUACAGCACUUACCAAUUUUCAGAGAAUACAGAGGCAAGCUGCUGAAAAAGAGAGAGAGUUUGUCAACAGAGUGAGGUCAAGCUCACGCGCAUCAGGAAACUUUGCAGAAGAUGGCGGCAAAGAUCUCCUACAUACGGAAAAUGAAAAACAAAAUCAGUUACAAGUGCAAGAUGACAUUACAGAAGAUGAUCUCCGACUUAUUGAAGAAAGAGAAUCUGCCAUCAAGCAACUUGAGUCUGAUAUUUUGGAUAUUAACGAGAUAUUUAAGGACUUGGGAGUGAUGAUUCAUGAACAAGGGGAUAUGAUCGAUAGCAUAGAGGCCAAUGUGGAAAAUGCAGAGGUGCAUGUGCAAAGUGCCAAUCAGCAGCUUGCAAGAGCAUCGCAGUAUCAGAGUAAAUCCAGAAAGAAGAUCUGUAUCUUGAUUGUGGUACUUGUACUAGCGGCAGUAAUCAUUGGCCUCAUUAUCUGGGCUACAACCAGAAAAUAAGAAUAGAGAAUAACUAUCUCCGGCAAUGUUAACACAUUAGGGUUAAUUAGAAAUGACUCCAUAACUGGAGCUAUUGCUACAGAUGUUCAGUUUGGCUCCUUUUGAUUGCUAAUCCUGGUAUUGUGGUAUGUAUUUUGUUUUACUGUCAUGCUCAUGAUUCUCCUUCCUUUAAUAAUAGCUGCUUGCUUUAAUCAAGUAGCUACUUACAGUUGUUGGUCUUACAAUUUGCAUGUAGCAAGCACAACCUGGGUUAUGUUCUUUGUUAUUCUUUUUGAUUGGUUCAUGGCUUCCAGCAGACAGCUUUAACCUAUAUGCAACAUCAAUCCAUCAAGAAGGGGUCGAUACUAGUUAGCUGAUGUGUGCAAUGGUUCUGUUGCAGUUGUUUUAUUUUCUUCUGUAGUUUGCCUCCCCCCUUGCCUUUUGUAUUAAUUUGUACAGAGAUGCAAACAGUUGCACCUACAUUACUGUUUUGUGUUUGCUUUUUGUGCAUCAUUAUUACUGUCAGCUGUGGGUAUGUGACACAUUCAUUUUCUUGUAAAGGAGCCUUUCACUGAUACUUCAGCAAUUCUGGAAUAUUAGUUCAAGUGGUUUCUAUUGUCAUAAAGCAACACUAGAACUGGUAGCAGUCUCUACAUCCAGACAAAUGAUUUUAUAUUUGACAGUGAAUUUCUGCAGACAACUUUGAAUAUGAGCCUAAACUGAGUGAGAACUUUGUACCUCAUAAAUACUAACGUUACUGUAGACUGAUGCGAAGAUAUGUUCCAUUACUUACACCUUCAUGCUCUUCCUUCAGAAGUUUAUAUGCCAUAUUCCAUUAUUUUAAUGCCUUUUUAAAUCUAAAAAAUAAUGUCCUUCAUUGCCAUGCUUUGCACUAAUCAGAAUAUAUAAUAUAUUAAUUAUGCCAUAAUGUGUGCCAUUCGUUAAUAAAUAUUUUUACUAAUUGUGAGCAAAUUAAAAAAAAUAUUUAACAUACAAGACAUGAUGUUCCAUAAGCACCAUUAGCAUUACGGACAAUUAACAGGAAUGCAAGGGUAUUUAGUUGAACCAUUUUGUGACAUCACGUUUAUUCAGCCAGUCAUGAAGAACAAAAUUUCACUGAAUAAUCAAAUGCCAUAAAUUUAAGGAAAGUUAUGAUUGUGUUGUAUGCAAUUCAGAAUAAAGAUAUUAUGUAUAA